UUUAUUUUAGCGUACUGUUGCUGCUGCUGCGGCGCGGCAGCGGCGGCGUGCUCUUGUUCGAUUUCCGUCGGCCUAUUAGGCGAGAGCGGCGCGCGGCUCUCUCCGCUGCUCACUUUCUCCUCUCCGUGCUGCUGGCCACCGGCAGCCUCGAGGACAGGCCCGGCGUGGUGACCCAGAAGCCUGGACUCUCUGGCAGUCCCCCCCUCCCCAUCCUUUCCCCGCAGCACCGAGCAUGUGGACCCGGGCAGAGCGUAUAAAAGGCCACAUCCGGCCGCAUCACCGGACACAGACACAGCUUCACUUCUCCCAGUGGAUAUACCUCCCUGACCAAAAGUAGACGCCGGCAUGUCUUCGCAGUUACGGCUGGGGGCUGUGGCCCUGACUGUGCUCCUGAUGGCCUGCCUCGUGCCACCCACGGAGCAGAGCCAUAAGAUCAAGAAGCUCAAGCUGGGCGCUGCGGCGGCCGCCGCAGUUGUGGGCAAGAUCACUCCGCUGGCCGCGGCAGCCGGAGUCGCGGGUGCCUCGCUCGUCGGCAGCGCAGCCGUCUCGCACCUCCUCCACUCUCACCACCACCAUCACGGCGGCCACCACCAUCAUCACCACUUCUUGCCCGUCCACCACUCGCACCCUGUCCACAUACCCAUUCCGUUCCACGUGCACUCACACAGCGAUCACCACCACCAUCACGGCCUGGUUGACUUCGGCUAUGCUGAUCACGGAUUCGGUCAUGGUCACGGCCACGGCCACGGUCACGGCCACGGCUUCUUCGCUGACUACGGCCAUGGUUUCGGCGGUGGCCUCGUGGGCGGAUUUGGCUAUGGCGGACACGGAGACUACGACGGUUGGUGGUGACCUCCCGGACACAACUAAGGGCCUCGACACACGGCCGGCGUCCCGCCUCGGCGCCACACCAUAGAGUCGCUGGGAAAAGUGCCCCGGGGGGCACCGCUAAAAAUUGCACAAAAACGCUGCUGAACAAUCAUCGGGCGUGGAUAAGACGUGGUGCUCUCCAGUUCGCGUAUGUCGCCACAACCUUAAGUUAUUCUAGAAAAGGCAGAAUGAUUGGUUAAUAUAGAGCUAGAAGAUGGGCAAAAAAAUUACGGAGAUUCACCCUUGAGCCAAAAUCCUUGAGAGCUUGAUCCAGCCUUUCAAGAAUAGCUCGGGUGCGCUCACGUUUUGAUGGUUUAUGUGCCGGCGGUGGUAAACUGAGGUCGAACACCGCUCGGCUGCAAGAAGACAUUGGCGCGAGACUAGACGCCAUGGAUGGUCCCAGCAUGUCAGCUGCGACUUUCUGCAAGCAAUUUCGCAGCGGCUCUAGGCUGCUCCGCCCUGGGAGCGGACGCGCGUGGGCGGGAUGGAGAGGCAGGUAAGACUGGAGGGGAGAGAUUUUGUGUUGGCACUUUUUAUUAUCCACGAAGGGAGGGAGCUUGGCGGCGUGUCGGUGCCGUUUGGUAAUGAAGAAUCAGUGUGGUUUUGUGGCAACGUGCUGAAUGUGUCUGUGGUCGUUUGUAUCGUGUGACCCCUCCGUAACAUGCGUGUGUCAUUGUCACACUGCCACUCAGGUAAAUAUAUUCGCCAGCAACUAGGCUGUAAAUACUUGUACAUAACACAUCUCGUUGGUUUCAGUAUAAAUACAGCUCAUAUACGUAUCUUCGCAGCCUUUACACAUCUUUUUUUUUUUUCGUCUUAACCAAAUAAUAAUAGAUGAGGUUGUUACUCUCUCACAUCAUUUGUGUACCGUUGGGCAUGUUUUUUGUCAUUAUUUUCGUGUAUUUCGUGUCGUUCUUUAGUGUCUUACAACAAUGUUCCCGCGGAGUGAGUGUGUACCCUUACCACUUAUAGGAUUUGUUUUCUUUUUCUUCUGAAUAUAUAAGCGUUUUUGUCAAGAAGUGUCUAAACAGUUCACAUUGUCACUGGCAGUUUUUUGCGUAAUCAUGAUAUGAGUGGCUGGCAUUCUAUACAAAAUAGAAGCUUUAUUUAAUCCUUGUGUUGUUUCAGCUUUUCUUCUUUAUUUUUGCAAUAAUUCUGCUGCAAUAAGGUCUUACAGUUUACAAACGCCCUGCGUUUCCAUGCAUAGAUAAAAGAACGGUUUGUUACAAACACUCCUAACCCUCGUUUUGUCAUGUGAAGUUUGUGCCACUUCGUGUAAGCAUUUUUCUGUGCGUCAUUGACUGUGAAGUCACAUCUUUCGUGAUCGCAUUCAAUAGCGACCCUUCUUAGUCAAUAAAGGAAGUCUAUCCUUUUUCA